CAACAUGGCGGAUGCAAGCAAAUCUGACCUGGAAACCAAUGUUUUCGACGACAUUCUUACAAAACUAGAGUCAAAUGAAUAUUACGAACAAAUAAAAACUCAUUUAUAUAGUAUUUCAAAUGCUACUGAAAAUGUUAAGGAUAUAGAUCUUGCUGAGAGAUUUUUAUCUUGGGCAAAAUCAGACAGCAAUCUGAAAGUUGUAUCUGUAGAUGUGCCCUCGAGAAUUCUACCAAAUGAUUAUGAAGGCAAGCUACAUGAUGUGAAAGUAUUUGUCAAGUUUGGACCCGAUGAUUCUGUAUAUGAUAACAACAAAGAUAUAAGAGAAAGGAUAGCAAGAGGUAAUAGUUUCCUAGAGUUAACAAACAAGGUAGCACGGACAUUUUGUGUUCUACAGGCAAUGAAGAAGUUUACAGGUGGGCUGGGUGAUGAUGAUGAUAGAGAGUCAGGAGAUGAUCUAAUCUGGCAGAAAUAUUUCACAAAGCCACUAGAAGAAACAGACAUUGUCAUAGCAACCAAUAAAGCUAAUGGGGAGGCAGCACAUCUUAGUUGUAUAGAAAUUGAUGGACAAUUCAUUUUAUGUGGCGGGUCAAAAAAUGUCCAUUUAUUGUUUAGAAAUAAAUCUGAUAUAGACAGAUAUGUAGAACCCAGGUAUAGAAUAGCAACUGAAGUGUGUCAUACAGUGAUGGAGGCUUUAGAUGAAAUGACUGAAGAAGACAGACACAGAUUGAUGAACUUUCUGGUUACUAGUCAUUACACAGCUGUAUUUGAAAUACUGUCUCCACAUCAUCAACAUGUUGUCAAUCUUUCUCAUCUUAAAAGGCCAGCACUUAAGUUCAUAUCUUGGACAAAAUGUGAAUUGGAGGCUUCGGAAAAAUUACAUCAUUUAAAUAUAGUACCUCCACAUGUCGGUAUAGAGAUUGCCAAAUGUCUAGGACUGGAUCCGGUCACUUAUGAGAAAGUACAGGUGACAGAACUAGAUCUAUUUAUGAAACAGAUUCGAAAAGGAUUUGACUCGGAGGGAAAGGUGCUGUAUUUUCUAGACAGUGAUGGUCAGGUGAUAGGAUUGCUCAAAAAGAAAACAACAUGGUAUAUAAUGUGUAGAGCUGUCAGAGAGAAAGUGAAAACAGCUGUCAAUCAAUCAAUAAAAAAUCCUCAGAAAUACUCCAAAGGUAGAUCACUAAAUCAGAUAGAGAAGAGAAUCGGAGAAAUCCAGAAAUGGCUUCAUCUAGAUAAUGCAACUGUUACAUCCUGGAAGGAACUUGGUACAAACUGUUUGAAAUGGGUUCUACAUGAAGUAGAUGAUGGGAAGUUGUCACCAGAAGAAGUGAGAGACAUGUUCCCUGUUUAUUGGGAUAGGUUUUUACAAGAGACAGGUGCCACAGACAGGAUCAUUGUUGAGGAGGACAGACUAGCUGAAUGUGGGGCCUGUGGUGGAGAUACUUAGUCAUCAGUCUGUUUAGUAUUCAUAAUGUUAACAUGUCUGAAAUAUUGCAGAAUAAUACCAAUUUCACUUG